GCUACGGCAGCCGGAAAGGGCCUUGCUGUCACCUUGGCCAUGGCGGCCGGGCCGCCCCCGCCGCUGGAGCCCAACCUGCUGCCCACGUUCCCUGAGGAGGGAUUCACGGAGAAAUUCGUGCGCAAGACCCGCGAGAACCCCCUGGUGCCCCUCGGCUGCCUGUGCACCGUCAGCGUCCUGGUCUACGGAAUCAUCUGCUUCAAGCGAGGCCACACUCGGCGCUCCCAGCUGAUGAUGCGGGCGCGUGUCAUAGCCCAGGGCUGCACCUUCGCCGCCCUGCUGGGGGGCAUGGUGGCCACGGCUCUCAAAUCGCGACAGUGACGGGACAAGAGCCAAGCUGCGGCCACGGGCGUCUACCAGCAUCCUGGCUGCGGAUGGAGCUUUCUGAGAGACUGUUGUGAUGUCUCGGCAGAGCCAGUUCUGGAGCACUGGAAAUGGGGUGAAUACACUCUGUGAUUAACAUGUGAUUUAGGUUGUGGCUUUUUCUUUUUGUUUCCCCAAGAGCUCACCCUCCUGCAGCACCGAGGCUGCAUGUCACUAAGGUUCACCACCCCUGUCAGACUUCUUGUUCCUGCUUGAUGCUGUCACAGGCUGAUUGAAUUGUGUCUUCUUGGUCGUGGUCUGAGGUGUGGUUGUAAUCAGGCAGUGACCAGCAUUUGAGAAAUGAGCUGCCCAGGGGGAAGGAACCACUGCUUAUGGCUUGGUCCCAGCAGGACAGAGUCCAUAGGCAGCGGGGGAGGCACUUGGGAGGUUUGUGUGACCUGUUCUAUUGAACCUGGUGAGUAAUAAAGUGAAUUGCAGCAA